AUGGCCCCUUCACACCAGCCCGCCAAUGGCUCACCCCCCAAGGACGACGCUGCUGCUCGUCUCUCCGAUGCUGCUAUGCGCAAGAAAAAGAAUGCAGACGCACAGGCAGCCUUCAGAGCCCGACGCGCUAACUAUAUCGCUACCCUUGAGGAAACAGUAACGAAUCUCGAGGCCGUUGUCCUCCAACUACAAGACUCCUGUCGAGAAGCUCGCUCAGAGGUCUCUGACCUCCGUCAAGAGAACUCCCGUCUCAAACAUGCUGGUCGAGAGCGCGAAAAGUUCUGGCGAGCGUUGUGGCAGACCCGCAAGGGCCCCGAAUCGCAGCUGGAGGAAUUUCCCCCUCUCCCAGCAUGUUUCGGUCCAAUGCAUCCUCAGACCACCGCCGUCAAUUCCCACCUAGGUCCUUAUAGCGAAGACGAACUUCCUUACACGAACGGCGAAUCCUCAUCUCUAACCCAUACUCCAUACGCUCGCGCCUCCAACGAUUAUACCACUCGUUCUCCUUCCAUUUCCUAUGCACACGCUGACGGCGACAUCUCCUCGACUAACGGUCGUUCUAUGUCCAUGAACGCGCAACAACAGGCCACAAAAUACGGUUAUCAGUCAUAUGCUAUGCAAAGCGCAGCCCGUGACAAUUCAUGGCCUCAAGCAGUCGCGCACAACUCGUCGUCUGGCGCUGACUCCGGUCGCCCAGACAGUAGUGGCUCCGUCGACUCUCCCCAUUUUGUCGAAUCCCCCACCAUCACUUCCACCGCAGAUGUGACUUACGCGUCAAGAUACCCAGUCGUCGAUGAGCAGAAGGUGUCGGUCAUGGAGAACGCGCCGUAUGCCUUCACAGCCAGUCGUUCCCUUUCCCCUUCCUCUUCCACCCAGACCACGGCCGCUACAACCCAUAUACCUUCGACAUUUCAAUUUGGGACGUUCGGUGACGGUACGGGUGCCACAGACCAGCGCGCCGACUUUGACUACCGUCGACAGUCAGUCGGUCAUUCGGCGGAGGUCACCCUACACGGCGGGAUCGCUGACAUCUCAUCAAUCGCGGCCCCUCACGGAGGCGAGGCUCUUCGGUAUAGACUAGGAGCUAGUGCCAAUGGCGCCCGUCGCUCCGUGUCAGGUGCAGACAGAGCGGUCUUUCCCUCCCUCCCGCAAUUUACCGGUCACGAUCUCGUCAGCGGCCCAAGCGAGGCAGAGGCUUCGUACGCGGCCGCGCGCGGACGUUCCCGACGAUCUUCUCGUCAGUCGCGCUCGCCGUCUCCUGGCACGCCCCCUAUGUCGGGAACUCUGGCGGUGAUAAAAGCACAAGCAUUCGGUGCUCUUCGUCGAACACGGACACGGAACAAGAAGGGCGCUGAUGGUGCGGCGAAGGUGGCGAUUGAGGCGUUGGAGGCGAGGGGUAUUGGCAUGGGCGUUUCUACCGGUUCAAAACGCCCACGUUCGAUGAUUGAGGAUGAAGACGAAGAUGACGGGCAUUAAUUAGGUUAGUGUAUUUUGGAAAGCUUUGAUUUGGUUCGCUACGUCUGCAAUUUUGCCUGUUAGGGGCUCUAUCGCAUGACGGACUGUUUAACGAGGAUGGCCUUAGAGGGCGUGAUCAGUACUAUGCACCGCCUACAUGACUUCUCUCUGUAUUGUAUAUACGACCCUUGCUUUCUGUCAGUAACUUAACACUGCUUACUGUAUAUGGCUGUUUUUACCUGUAUUUCACUCUCGUGGAGGACAUGUACAUCGAGUCGGCUUCAGUUCUUCACACUACGGAUUUCAGGACACUUAUGCUUCAUAUUUACAGCGCUUUCUGAGCUGGCCCUCUCUCCUUCGGAUACUUCAAAGGUGUACAACCUUAAAAUUUACAAAGGAACGUUGAAGUACA